AUGACGAAUCAAUUAAUUAUAUUUUUUCUUUUUUUGCUAAGUGCACCAUUGUUAAAUUCUAAACCUAUAGUGAAAACUGAAAAUGGAAUACUUGUUGGUACAGUAGAAAAAUCGAGAAGUGGAAGAAAUUAUUCCGCUUUUCUUGGCGUACGAUAUGGAAAACCACCAGUCGGAGAUUUAAGGUUCAAAAAUCCUGUACCAGCAGAGAAAUGGAAUGGAAUACGAAACGCAAAAUCUUUCGGUAACUCAUGUUUACACACAUUGUUUGGAGUACCAUUUGGCAAAGAAGAUUGUCUAUUUCUGAACAUAUAUUCCCCGUUUCUUAAUUUUCAACAAGUGAAUAUAAGUUCAUUAAACAAAACUUUAUUGCCAGUAAUGGUUUUUAUACACGGUGGAGCAUUCUUUUUUGGAUCUGGCAAUGAUUAUAAAGCAAACUACAUUAUGGACAAGAAUGUCAUUUUCGUGACUAUAAAUUAUCGAUUGGGAAUUUUUGGUUUUUUAACCACUGCUGAUACAAUAGCUCCAGGUAAUUUUGCACUGAAAGAUCAGUUGCUUGCCUUAAAAUGGAUUCAAAGGAAUAUUGAAUUUUUUGGUGGUGAUCGCAAUCGUGUUACACUUUCUGGACAAAGUGCUGGAAGUGUCAGCGUUCAUUUACAUGCAAUUAACCAAAGGAGCAGUGGUCUGUUUCAUCAAUAUAUUAUGCAAAGUGGUACCGCCUUAAGUGCCUUCGCCUAUAGAGACAGAAACGAAAUAUUUCAAUCCGUUAAAAAAAUGGCUCAAUUUGCAAUGUGCCCUACAACAAAUACACAAAUUCUAAUGGACUGUUUACGAAAAGUUGAUGGACAUUAUUUACUAAUUUUGUCCAAUUUGGUCGGACUGAUGAUUCGAAUUGCCGAAUUUCCCUGGCAACCAACAAACGAACCCAUAAAUGAUGAUGCAUUUCUAACAGAAAAUCCGCAAAAUUUAAUGCAUCAAAUGAAAGAUGCACCUUUCAUUUGUGGUGUUGUUGGCAAUGAAGGAGCGAUUAUUACAAAUUAUUUCUACACUUUCGAUUCUCUUUAUAAUCGUCUAAAAAAAUAUAUGAAAAAACUGUUUAUCGACGAUGCUGUUUAUAUCAGAGACGCUAAGAAGAGUUUUCCGAACGAAUUAUAUAAGUUCUAUUUCAACAAUUCGCAAGACCAAAACUUAACCAAAAAGCAGUUUUUAGACACCUAUACGAACAUAGCUUCAGACGGUAUAUUUAAUUAUCCAGCAAUUAGAAUGUUGGAUCAAAUUGAACCAAAAAUGAAAAGUCCUAACUAUUUCUAUCGUUAUAUAUAUCGUGGAAAAAAUUCACUCCUCACUAAUAUAUUAAGUAAUGAGAACUUCGGAGCAGGUCAUGCUGGCGAAAUAGUAUAUUUAUUUCCGAUUCAGUAUUUCUUCAUUAACCGAACAGAUGCUUAUUUCACUGAUAAUGAUAGAAUGAUGAGUAAAAUAACAGUCGACUUGUGGACCUCAUUUGCAAUCAACGGAAUACCGACAUCAAAAUAUUUAGAUCCACCAAAUUUAUGGAAGCCGUAUAAUACAAAAUCCAAUCCCUAUCUGCAAAUCGGUGACGAGGACGACAAUUUGAAACCUUCAGUGAAAUUAUCAAGUAACUUUUUAUCCAACAAAAUGGAUUUUUGGAAAAAAAUACACUAAACUGAUGUAAUGAUUGAAAAAAAAGUUGUCAAUUUUAUGAUCAUUUAGCUUCCUCAAUAUAACAUACAUAUAUGA